CACUGUCCUCGUGCCCGCGCCAUAGUUGGCGUUGAUCGCAGUGCGCUGGGGAGCCAGUGAGUCACUCGCUCCAGGGACAGCGCGAAGGGAGGCAGGAGGAGAUCAACGCAAAGGCAGCGGGUGCUGACCCCGCGCGCUCCUGCGCCCGCGUACUUUGCGGGGCUACGGGGAGGGGGCGACUGCGAGCCUUGCCGCCGCCGCAAGUCCUCCGCGGAAGGCUCCCUCCCCUCCUCCUCCUCCUUCCCCAGCGGAACGUCCUCCCUCCCCACCCCGCCCGCCCUCUCCUUCCUCCUGGAGUCAGAGAACGUGUGAGCAGCGAUGGCGGCCGCCGGAGUCCUGCCCAAGCACGAGCAGAUCCUGGUGCUUGAUCCGCCCACCGACCUAAAAUUCAAAGGUCCUUUUACAGAUGUAGUCACCACGAAUCUUAAACUACGAAAUCCAUCAGACAGAAAAAUAUGCUUUAAAGUAAAAACUACAGCACCUCGUCGAUACUGUGUGCGGCCAAAUAGUGGAAUUAUUGAUCCAGGAACUUCAGUAACUGUAUCCGUUAUGUUACAGCCUUUUGAUUAUGAUCCAAAUGAGAAGAGUAAACAUAAGUUUAUGGUACAGACGAUCUUUGCCCCUACAAACAUUACAGAUAUGGAAGCAGUGUGGAAGGAUGCAAAAUCUGAUGAAUUAAUGGACUCCAAAUUGAGAUGUGUAUUUGAAAUGCCUAAUGAAAACGAUAAGCUGAAUGAAAUAGAAACAAGUAAAUCUGCUCCAAUACUGAAUACAAAGCAAGAUGGUCUGGUGCCAAAAUCGCAUAGUGUUUCGCUUAAUGACACUGAAACAAGGAAGCUAGUGGAAGAAUGCAAAAGACUUCAGGCAGAUGUCGUGAAACUAUCAGAGGAAAAUAGACAUCUGAGAGAUGAAGGCUUGAGGCUGAGAAAGGUGGCACACUCAGAUAAACCUGGACCGUCAGGCUUGGCCCUCCGAGAUAAUGGCUCCAACUCUCUUCCUUCACUCCUUGUUGUAAUUGCAGCCAUUUUCAUUGGAUUCUUUUUAGGGAAAUUCAUCUUGUAGAAAGGGAGAGAGAGAAGCAUGCAGAAUGCUGCUUCCUUUUUUUUCUUGGCCAGGAAAAAAAAAAUUACCUACCACUUCAUUGGUAGUAUGGCCAAAGUGACCAUUUUUGUGUACAGCAUCAUAUAGGCUUUGCCUUUAAUGAUCUUGCACGGUUAGACAACACGAUAAAAAGACAAACUGUUCGGCUGCUGGACAAAAUUGUAUAUUAAUUCAUUAAUAGCAGGUGUCAGUUGCACAUUCAGUCCUUUAUGAAAACUCAUAAAUAAAGAAUUGUUCUUUCUUUUUGUGGUUUUAAUAAGAGUUAAAAUUGUUCAAAGUCUUGUAAAUGUUAUUUUAAUAAUCCUUUUCAAAUUUUAUCUGUUAUUCUUGCCUCUUGGAAAGAAUGAUUAUUAGAAUGCUAAUUCGCUUGUUCAGGAAAAUGAUGAGGCAUUCUGUGGGGAAAUGUUCCUCUUAGUGUAUGCAUUUUUUCCUUCACCUUACUUUGCUGAUAUCAUGGCAGAAUUUCUUACCCUUGUGAGGUGGUUGUGGAAGAAAAAAAUAAUCAUCCUGACAGCCCUGUCCCAUGGUAUUUAACAAACAAAAUAAUAAAACUGUUAACAGACAUUCUGAUGGGUAGCUUGUUUCUGUGAAUUGUUCUUUUAGAAAGAUUUUACAACAUAUGCUAUACACAGCCUGCUUCUUGUCACAGAUUUAUAUUGUUCACUAGUUGUGGCUUAGACUGGUGCAAGUGAAGCUUCAGAAGAAAUGUAGCAGUUUCCAUAUUGUGCAGCAGCAGCUGUAAAAUUACCUGGCUUUUUAGGAAAAGAUCAGAAUUUGAUUUGUUUUGGGACAUGGAAUACAUACUUUAAAUUUACUUUUUAAAAAUAGCGUUUUGGGUUUUUCAGAUACUUCUGUUGAAUCACUGAUCUUCCUUUAAAUUUACAGAAUCAGUUGUAUCUUGAUUUUUCAUCCAGACUAAUUUAGGCCGAGUGUCCAUAGAAUAACAUUUCCUAUAAUGUUUCCAAAUAACCCAAAGUUAAUACCGAUUGAGAAAACAUUAUCAUUUAAUUUUGUGAAAAAAUUAAGCCUUGUUCAGUAAAUGUCUUGGCAUAGCUGUCUGUUAGCUAUGCAUAUGUUAAUUCUAUAAAAUUCAUUUUAUUUGGUUUGAAUAUUUUUUCUCCACAAUCUUGUGGUUUGUUUAAUUUCCGGUAUUCACUUUCAUUAAAUAGAUGAUUUUGAAAGCACAAUACAGCUAUUCUACAUAAUCCAUCAUAAGCAAGUGUUUGAAAUUGAUAUUUUGGAAGGCUUAUACUUAUAAGCAGAAUUUUAUAUGGAUAUAAUGAACCAGUGCUAUGUAGAUUUUACAUAGCUGAGAACUGUUCUAGGAAAAAUAUGAAUCUUCUUGGUUGCCUUGGAUUUUUAAUGCUUUUUUUUAAUGGAAGAGCUACUUACGUCAUGUACCAUCACAAUUCGCUGUGAUAAAUUUUUAUAAACAUCUUCCAAUUUACAAAAAAGUUGAUGAACAAACUACUUGCCUGAUGUUUCAGUUAAAAGCAUGCAAAUACAGUUACUCUUUGUGUUUUCUGAUAUCUGCAUUCUGACUUUGGUGACUUGAAGAAGUGUCCUCAUAUCUGGUUAAAACUUAAUUGCUUCUAAAAGCAGUAGUAUUGUUCAUAUUAUAUUAUAUAACUGGUACAUCAAGAGAAAACAUUUAUUCCUUGAAGGAAAUUGAUCACUGGAAGAGAUUACAAGGAAGAUUUAUGUACAGGCUAUAACCUCUAGAUACAUUUAGAUAUUUCUGUGAAAGAAAGCUUCAAAGAUAUGUUCACUGUUAAACAAAAGCUACGACGGUUUGCACUGGCUAAAUACUUUAGCAUUUAUUAGCCUGAACUUAGAAUUUAUUACAGGUAACCAGAACUAUGGCGAAACAUAGUAUGAGGAAGUACUCUAACCUUGGCAGAUCUCUUGCCAAAAUAAAAUAAAGACAACAAUAACAAAAGCAUUCCACAGCUUAUAAUAUAAUGAUCAUAAGUGUAGAAUUAGGGUCCUAGCUGGGCCACUUAGCAGGACAAGGCUUUCAAAGACAAAUAUUAUGGAAUGACUCAAUAAUUACUGUAAGUAGAGUGAGAAAAUCCAGUUUGUGGAUGCGCUUCUAGUUUUUAAUCUUUUCAUAACUGUAUAUAAAAUGUAAUGCUGAACUAUUUCGCUCUCAGGAGUGAUUCUGGAUGAUACCACCUGUAUUUAGUGAAUUUAUGUAAUACAGAUUAAAUUUUCUGUUCCUGAAAUGGUUAGAACUUUGCCUGUUUGCUUGUGUACACCAAUGUGAGGAACAUAUUUGUUCCUGUUAGUAAGUGCUUCCAUCAGAAAGUGCAGUGUGUUCACUGUAGUAGUUCUUACGUAUAGUGAAUUAUUGGCUCCUGCAGCUUGCAUGAUGCAAGCUUUAUAUUUAAGGUUGGCAACUUUGCUUAUGGCAAGAAAUUAUAGCAGAAAGCAAAAGUCCUGAAACAUUUUUUCAUCUGCUUCUUGCAAAGUAAGAAAGAAGGUCUGUCCAAAAUCUGUUUAAUCGAUUUCAAAGAAAAUAAUUGUGCUUAAGUAACAUUAAAAUGAGUUUUCCAGUGAAUUUCUCAUUGCCAAGUCUUUUGUGCAUUCAGGUAGUAUUAAAGAUAUUGGGAAAAUAACACUACAAAGUAUGAACUGAGUGAACAUUCACAAAAAUUGCAAAGGAUUUAUGGUACCCAUUGGUUUUUGUAAUACAAGAUAUUUUUGUUGUGUUGAAUGCAAAGUUUAUAAAAUAAAUUAAAACUUGGUAUUCAUAAGAUGGGAACUGGCAACUACACGCACACAAAUGGUUUUGGAUUAUAAUUCUUGAACAUCUAAAAGACCUGUAUUAAGAUUUGGGAUUAUAGGAGAAACAGAAUGCAGAAUGCAGAAUAUACGGAGAGUGCCCCAUUAGUUCUUGGUAACGAUCAUAAAACUUUAACAUAGCCUGUUAUGCAAUCAUGUGUAUAACAUAGGCCAUUGGAUUUGAAUAUUAUCUUGUUCAGUAAAUACUGCCUUAUUGGGAUAUGUUGAAAUUUGUGCUCAGAUAAGUAAUUAUAUUUUGUGAAUCAGUGCAAUUGCAUAAGAAUAGGCAUAUUCUUAUCUAACAGAAAAGACACAUGGAUAAUUUGAGAGGCUGUUUGAUUUUGUUCUUGACUUUCAGCAACUGUAUUCUUUUAUCUAAUUUGUGAAUUUAUGAAUUAAAGGAAACCUUUUCCCUGA